AUAAGAUAACAUUAAAAUGCCUCCAUCUCUUUGAACCAACACACCCUAAAAAAAAAAAAAAAAAAGCAAAACGAUCAGCCAUGUUCACAAGGGGGUCCGUUGACAUCGUAGCCUUCAUGACAUCCGAGGCCGAUAUGUUAGAUGACUGUUAUUGCCAUUGUUCGCCCUGAUUAACUUGGACUCGGUCCAUUGGUUGGUUUGGUCAGUCUUGUUUUAAAGAGCCCAAUAGAUUGGAUAGCCCAGACACGCAGUCGACUUGUCGUCAGUAGUUUUAAUUUUAAUAUGACAUGAUAUUUACCAAUUAGUUCAUCAUUUUUAUUUUAUUUUUUAGUCUCAACAAUGCCGCAAUGGUAGACUUGUUUCUUUUACCUUGUUUUUUUAUUUCAUGCGCGUUUUGGCCUCACGCUGACACUGACACAGCACUUGAUCCUCCUUAAUGUAAAACGCGCUGCCUGAUGUGUAAAUGCAGUAAAGUGCAGAAAUCUUUUGGAUGCUUCCAAGGCGCUGGCAGUAUCUAUCUAAUUAAUCAAUGUAGUUAAUUGCUUACCUAGGUGUAUAUUCCUACUUUUAUUUUUCGGCAUGGGCAGUUUUGGAUUUUUAUGUGCUGCUGAAUGCUAAUACACCUAAACACAAUUAUUCUCUCAUUAUUAUGCAUAAGCACUGGAGGAUAGAGACGCAGUUUGAACAAUCACUGACAAAGACCAUCGUCUGCCCUGGUCGCCCCAGCGGUCACACUCCUUUUGUCACAACUACUUUUACUUUGACUCCUCUUUUUACUCAUAAGCUUGCCUCUCCGUCUAUAGUGCCUCCUUAAUUUUCCAUUAAACACUUAACCUUUUCUUUAUUUAUUUAUUUUAAUGCUCACCAUGACCGUACACUACCUUCAAGAAUCAAGAACAAUUUGCCAAACACUGUAAUGUUGUCUUGUCUCUCUCCCCUUCUCGAGCCCCUACCAUCUCCCUCUCGCUCCCUCUAUAUCCUCUUCCUCUCUGCGUCUCUGCUAAUGCCCAGUCAGUGUUGUGGGUUUUUCAAUGCUCAAAGUACAGUUUGUUUAGAUUUCCUCCAUAUCACCAUCACCAUCAUCAUCAAGACACUGAUGAGGGUGUAUAUUGAUCUUAACUACCCUGUUCUUGCGGGAUAUUUUCCAUUAUUUGCCACUGCUUGGUUUUUAUUUCUGUGCUAACAAGAUGGCUAAGAGUCAGGUGGAGUGAGCUGUUCUCAAAGUUCUCCGGUGCCUGCAUUUCUACCCAUACUAAUCUUGUAAUGCACCGAAGUAGUGAGAGCUGUGCUUUUUAAUAUGUUCCUUUAAAACCCAGUUGAAAGCAUCUUCUCCUUCUACUACUAUCAGGGAAAGGAACCUUCAUUAAAAAAAAAAAAAAUUCAGAAAAAGAACACGCACGCUUCUCCAAGUAAUAACCUUUCCCGUCCUAUUCUUCCAAAGCAAUCUAACUUUGCAGUGAACCCAACAUCUAGUGAGAGAUGGGUUGUAUCGCCUCUAAACUAGAGGAAGAAGAAGUUGUGGCUAUCUGUAAAGAGAGAAAAAGCCAGUUAAAGAUUGCAGUGGAGAAAAGAUACGCUCUUGCUGAGGAGCAUUGCAAGUAUUUUCAUUCUCUAUACGCAGUAGCAGCAGCCAUAAAGCUCUUCGUGGCUUGCCAUUCUUCUCCUUCCUCAUCUUUCCUCAUAACAUUUCCCCCACCUUGCCCUGCACCUUCGAAAACAGAGAAUGUGAUAAACAACCCAAUGUUCCUCCAGCAGACACCGUUUGAGCCAAAGCAUGAAGCUAUCACUCGUGAUUCGGGUGCUUCCUCAACAACUUCAGAAUCAGAAUCUUCUGAGGAAGAGAGAGAAGAAAAGGGAAAGAGAGAAAAUGAAGUCAUGAGAGAAGAAGAACCAGUUGAACAACCUUUUGAGUACUAUUACAUGCAAAUGCCACCAUCAAUGCCAUCACCGCAGCGAGAUUUCGAGUGGGAUUUCUUUAACCCAUUUGAGGGUACGAGGACAGAGGUUAUUAGUGGGUAUCGUCGAAACUCAGACGACGAUUUGAGGGUGGUGAGGGAGGAAGAAGGGAUCCCAGAGCUAGAGGAGGAAGGUGAAAGAGACGAUUUUGAGCAGCAAAAGGCGGUGACUGUGGAAGAAAAUGAAGAUGUAGUAGAACAUGUGAGUGGUAAUGUUGAAAUGGUGAAUGCUGUAAACAGGGCUACUGGAAGCGAAAACCAGAGGGAGCAGAGGGGACUUGCUGUUAUAGAUAUACCGGAGGAAGGAAGGGAAUUGCUGGAAGCUUUGAAAGAUAUUGAGGAUUAUUUCAUUAGGGCAUAUAAUUCUGGGAAGAAUGUGACCAGAAUGCUGGAGGCUAAUAGAAUCCCCCUUCAGUCUGGUUUAGAGGAAAUAAAAGAGAAUUCAAUCAAACUCAUUCAUGCAAUAACAUGGCAUCGCCCCACUUCCAAGUCUUCAUCAUGCAAGAGCUUCGUGGUAUCAGAUAAAAAAAAUUCUUCAACUUGGACGGAAUAUAAGAAUGACCUGUUUGAUGAUUAUGGGGGAAUGGAUUCAGGAAGCCAUUCAUUAACCUUGGGAAGGUUAUACGCAUGGGAAAAGAAAUUAUAUGAGGAGGUUAAGGCAGGAGAUAUAACGAGGAAAAAUUAUGAGAAAAAGUGUGCACAAUUGAGAAACAAGGAUGUCAGAGGAGAUGAUGUGCAAAGUAUGGACAAGACAAGAGCUGCAGUGAAAGACUUGUAUGCCGGCAUCUUGGUUGCAAUUCGGCGCGCAGAGUCAAUCUCAAAAAGAACUCAGAGAAUAAGAGAUGAAGAAUUGCAGCCGCAAAUUGUUGAGCUUCUAAAAGGCCUAUCACAAACUUGGAAAGUUCUGUUGGAAUCCCAUGAAACACAGAGAAGGAUUCUCUCAGAAGUGAAGUCUUUCACCUGUCCCACGUACGGGAAAUUCUGCAAUGAAUCUCACAGAUUGGCAACUGUACGGCUUGAAACUCAGCUUCGGAAUUGGCACGCGUGCUUCAGGCAGUAUAUUGCUGCUCAAAAGGCAUAUGUUGAAGCUUUGUAUGGAUGGCUAAGCAAGUUCGUCGUCCCUGAAGUUGAAUUUUACUCCAGAAGGAAAACUGUGGCUGUUCCAUAUCAAGCGAACGGGCCACCACUGCUUGUAGUUUGCCACAACUGGUUAGCUUCACUGCAAAAGCUGCCUGAUGAAAUGGUAACACUUGCGUUGAAGAGUGUUGUGAAGAACAUGAGAGCUCUGUGGGUUCAGCAAGGUGAAGAGCAGCAACAGAAAAGGAAAGUAGAUAGUCUGUCAAAAGACUUGGACAGAAGGCAUUCCGGGUUAAAUGACAAGGUGAGAAGUAAGAUGAAUGAGUUGAAAGUAACAGACCAAAAACCAGAGGUGGGAACAGAGCACGAGGAAGAGUAUACGGCGGAGAAGAAGGAUCAGUUGGAGGCAGUGAGAAGAAAACUGGAGAUGGAGAAGGAGAAGCACCAUAGUUGCAUGCAAGAAACACAGAGAAUCACGUUAGAUGGAUUGCAAUUAGGGUUUUCUCAAGUGUUUGAAUCACUGACAGAGUUCUCCAAAGCAUCCGCAAAAAUGUACAAUGACCUGGCGACAUUCAGCGAAAAUGCUGAGAAGGGUGGGGGGGUGUCUUUCAUAGAGGGUUACGAUGGUGAAAACUACCACAGCCAAACAUGAAACUGGUGCUGUGGGGAUCUGUGUGUGAUUCUAAUUCAGUUCCUGUCGAAGCAGCUCGCUGAGACACCAGUCAUUUCUAAGGUGUUGGAUUUAAUUGUACCCGUGUAUUCGUCGUUAUUUGUUAUUCCUUGCUGUAAGAACUAGGAACCCAAAAUAGUUGUUUGCACUUCCUUUCCUUGCGUUUCCA